CAAAAGAUCUUCUCAUUCGAUUAUCUCUCUUUAUUUCUUCUCUAAUGAAGGGAACUCUAAGAUACUUAGCAGGAAUCGCAGGGCCAAAUGGGUUUGGCUCAAGAUCCACAGCUGAACAAGUUACACAACAUAGCUUUUUUCCUUGUUCACAUCUCACUGCCAUAAUCACUGGAGGAACGUCUGGGAUCGGUGCGGAAACAGCGAGAGUCUUAGCAAAAAGAGGGGUGCGAGUAGUGAUGGCAGUAAGAGAUAUGAUGAAAGCAGAAAUGGUAAAGGAGAGAAUAGUGAAAGAGAAUCCAGAAGCCGACAUUAGAUUGUUUGAGAUUGAUCUCAGCUCUCUCUCUUCAGUUGCCAGAUUCUGCUCUCAGUUUCUUUCCCAAGAUCUUCCCCUCAACAUUCUCAUAAACAACGCAGGCGUUUUCUCUCCAAAUCUUGAAUUCUCCGAAGAAAAGAUUGAGCUGACAUUUGCUACAAACUUUUUAGAGAUGCUGAUGGAGAAAAUGAUAGACACCGCAGAGAAGAGUGGAAUCGAAGGACGAAUUAUUAACCUUUCAUCUGUGAUUCAUAGUUGGGUCAAGCCUGAUUGUUUCUCCUUCCCUAAAUUACUCCAUCCCAUUAGGUAUAACGGGACAAGGGCUUAUGCUCACUCAAAGUUGGCCACAAUUUUACACGCCAAAGCGUUGAGCAAGCAAUUAAAGGACAGAAAUGCAAAUGUCACGAUAAAUGCGGUCCAUCCAGGAAUUGUUAAAACUGGAAUUAUCAGAGCACACAAGGGUCUUUUUACAGAUUCUCUGUUUUUGAUAGCUUCGAAGCUGCUAAAAUCUAUAAGCCAGGGCGCAGCGACAACAUGUUAUGUGGCAUUGAGCAACGAAACCAAAGGGUUAAGUGGAAAGUAUUUUGCAGACUGCAAUGAGACCAAUUGUUCUGAUUUGGCGAAUGAUGAGUCUGUGGCUCUCAAGCUCUGCACCCAAAGCCGUGCCUUAAUCCAUGAUUAUUUGGAUGAAUCUCAAAAACAUUCCCUUCUUAAUGUAUGUCUUAUGUAAAUCAUCUUAAUAGUUUCGUUUUUUGUUAAAAGACCAUUUGUCAUUUUAUUUCUGUAAAGCAGUGUUUUAUUAACAAGCCCGAUCUCAUUAUGUGUAAUUGUCGAGAAAACCAUACAUAUAUAAAUAAUGAUUUCUUUUAAGU